AUGGUCCUCCUCACGGGAAAACGGAACCCCCUGCCAUUCGUAAAAGAAAACAAAGAAGAAAAAGAAGCACACCGGGAUUAUGUUAAAACGGUGGAGGAAGAAUCCAUAGAGUGCGAAAUAAAUAAGAAGAAAAAAACAUGGACCCCGCGCAAACUCCAGAAGGAGUUCACCAUACAGAAGCAUGACGUGCUUUGUCUGAGUCGUUAUCGAUACCACCCUUUUAAGGUCGUCUGUCAGAAUGGCUUUUCCUUUUUGCAACCUGGGGAGAGCUACUACACCUCCAGUUAUAAAUUGCAGAACCGGAACUACAAACUUGUUUUCGAGAACUUGUGCGCGUCCCCAUCUAUUCAAAUUUCCUUCUGUGGAAUUAUCAUGACCGCUAUUGCAGCUGUGGUGGACCUGAAGAACAGACGUUUCUGA